AUGGUGAAAUCAUUGUUAGACCCCGGUGUACUAAGUGCAGGUACACGCAAAUAUUUAAAGCCGACUGUGAACGAGGAAACUGGCCAACGACCUGCGCAAUUAUAUCGGGCAGGUGGCUGGGGAAAUCAAGGUCAAAGAACUAGUUGUGCACUACACAUGUACACGAAAAUAUUUAAAGACAAUUGGGAAUGGGGAAACUGGCCAACCACAGGUGCAGUCAAAUCGGGCAAGUGGCUGGGGAAACUAGCCAACCACCUUUGCAGUUAUAUCGGGCAGGUGGCUAGGGAAAUCAUGCUCGGAGAACUAGCUAUGUACUGCACAUGUACACGAAAAUAUUUAAAGGCAACCGGGAAUGAGGAAACUGGUCAACCACCUGUGCAUUCAAAUCAACCAAGUGGCAGGGGAAAUCUUUGUCGGACACUUGUGUACUACGUACAGGUGCACGCAAAUAUCUAA